CAGCUGAGUUGUUCAUGCUGACGUGAAGAUUAUGACAUUUUUUCGUUAACAGAACAAAUGGCAGAUUCUUUUUUUGGAUUUAACACGUCCUUAUCAGGCUAUUUAGAUGAAGAACUGCCUGAUGGACCUGGACCAGAGUUGGAAGAUGAAGAGGAGGAAUAUGAUGCUCUCAAUGAUGAAACGUUUGGUGCUGAUGCACUUGCAGAAGGAGACUGGGAAGAAGACCAUGAGAAACUGGCAGAACUGGCUGAGCAGUCUAGACUCGCUAUUCAUGGAAGUGAGGGUGCAGCAACAGGGCCUAUAUCGUCGACACCUCGACACAACCAGCCCCUGUCUCGCACACAGUCGCUUCCUCAUUCUGAUUCCUCAGAAGACUUUGAUCUUGAGGCUAGAGUUGCCCAUCUUAUGCUUGAAGAGGAAGAUGAAGGUGAUCUAGGAACAGAUGAUGUUGUUUUAGAGAAUGGAGACCUAGAUGCAUCAGAAUCUCAUCAACACAAUAAUCAUUUAGAGAAUGUUGCAAACUUUCCUAAAGUUGCAGACUUGGGUGCUUUCAAUAACAUGUCUCCAUCAAGUUUCUCCAUGUGGGGUGUUGGAAAGUUGGAUGGUCUCACAUUUCAAACAGCUACCACCACUGUUUCCCCAAAACCACUGCCAGGGGGGAAGAGUGUGUGCACAGUGGAAGAACUUGAGCGAGGUCUCAUCCAGCAGUCGGCAGUGUCUUCAGCUUCUAGCCAACCACCUCCACCAGCAGCUGUGCUGCGUGUUGAAGACAUCGAGCGGGAGCUUACUAUGUCAUCUGGACACAGUAAUAGCAGUGGCAGCAGUGCAGGACACUCGUCUGUUACUACUACUAGUCCUGCUGCUGGGCCAAUUGCUCAGCCUACUAGCCCUCCUCAGGUUCCACAAUUUCCACCUCCUCCAAUAACUGUGCAGUCUCAGGAAGCUGUUCGUGGUACCCAGGCAACUCUAGGGCGGGGCAUAAGUUUCCCCCCACCAGUGUUAGGACUGACUCGAGCAGCAAGUCAUCCGAAUGGCCCUUUUGUGGUGCCUCCACCGAGAGUAGUUGCACCACCUCCUGCCCAACCACCGCCUGGUAUCCACCCAGUGCUGUUGCACCAGGCGAACCACCGACUAGGUUCAAAUCCAAACCUCUUAAGAUUCAUACCUCCACAUUUAAUGGGCCAUCCUGGUACUGUUGGGAAAAGCCUACAAGUCUUUCCAGGUGAUAAUGGAUUGCUGAGAAAUGUGCCACACAGGGGGCCAAAUGUUCAAUUUCGUCCAGGGUUUCCCAUGGGGGACCAUAUGUGGCAGCAGCAACAGAAUCAACACUUACAGCAACAGAAUCACCCACACCACCCAAUGCAUCACCACCCACUCCAUAUCCAACAGCAACAGUUACAGCAGCAGAGGUUGCGGGCAGUGGGGAAGGCUGUCAACCACAGACAGCAUUACAAUCAUCAGCAGCAGAAUGGUGUGGUGGAUGAAUAUGCUGGUCUCAUGAGCCACCGUGAACGGCAGUGGUUGCUUGGCAUUCAAAUGCUACAGCUUAACACUAACACGCCACACAUAGAUGAUUAUUAUUAUACUGUAUUUAUGUCUCGCCAACUGAAAAAUGAGCAGAAAGAUGGCAGUGUCCUUAUUGCUGCUCAACAACACCACCAGCAGCUGCAGCGGCAAAGGGAGCGCAGGGAUAGUCAGCGGUCGGAAGGAGGCCAGUCCUCACUCCAACAGCCCCGGGUCUACACUCCUGCUCAGUUUGAGAACUCACUUGGCAAACUUCAGGUUGGAAGUGUCACUGCACCAAGGAAGAUAAUUGAUAUGGACAUCAUGAACACAGAUACCAGUGAUGCAGUAUUGCCACCACAGCAGAAGGACUUGAGGAAAACUAAGCAGCUUCUUUUGGAAAUAGAAAGGCUGUACAUGUUAAUACUUCAAGUGGAAGAUCUGAAGAGCGACAUACCAGAAAUACGGGAAGCAGUGACAGAAAAUAGAGAAGACCUUCUGCGCAAAAUAGUCUCUGCAGUCCUGCUGGGUGAUCGUCUGGCAAGCAUUCUCUGCGUCCGGAAGGGCAGGAAGCUUAUACUACGGCUGCUGCCACAAUUGCCAUUGGACUCAUCCAGCCUGGCUCAGCUGUGGGGAAGGGUGGUUCGUGGCCUUGCUUCACCACCAAGGCGAGAUGUGGAAGCUCUGUAUCCUUAUUUCCAUCAAUGGCUCGCUGCCCAGGCUGAAAUGUUGCCACUAAUCAGCAUUGUACGCAGUCCACCUCGCUCCUUCUCUGUCACUAACAAGUUUGCACUUUCUGUGUACGGCGCCCUUUUGGAACGAGCUGAACAACUUUCGUCUGCAGCUGAAUCUGUGCAAUUGGAGGAGUGGGCAGUUUUUGUUCAAAGACUGGGAGCAGCAGCUGCUGGCCUCCCAUCAACACCUCUACCUGACAUGCUGCAGCCACUGGAUGGAACCCUUGCUGCAUCAAACCUGAAGCGUCACUGCCCUCCAUGUAGUGGUUGCGAAUGGCUGACUCGAGCAUUUGGCCCUCGGGAUUCUUCCGUAUCUCGCUAAGAAAAUGGCAGAGGUGUACUUGUGUCCUGGAAUUUCAUUAAUUCUACUGCAUGUCUGCUGUUUGUGUGCACAUACUUAAUUAUCCGAAGCUGUUAACCACUGAGAAGUCUCUUGCCCAUUUGUGGUUGUUGCACAUUAGUUUGUGUAUUCCUACUUUUGAAGCUGUAAAGUUAAUAUGUAAUGUUUUGAAAUGAGACAUGUGAUAUAUGAGUAAGUCUCAGAGAAAACUAUUCUGGCAGCUAUAUAUAUCUGUAAACUAGUAACAUUGAUUACCUCAUUCUUACAUAGUAAGAAUGGGUUGUACGAUUUGUAUCUGUAAGAAGUGAUGAAAUGACAUGUGGAUAAGAAGUAUGUGUGACUAGUGUACCUGCCAAUUCUAUACGUGAUAAGUCUGAUGAUACUACAGUGUGUAGAGUGACACACUGUAAAAUUAGCUGUUUUUGUUCAUUUAUUUGAUAGAUUAAUAUGUUCGUGUAUCGAGUGUGUGUAAUAGUUUUGUGUCCUUAGUCCAGAAAGCAUCUAUCUUUGUUGCUAAGAGAAGCACAUUACAAUCACCCUUUUGGUUUCUUGUCUCUCUAACUGGAACACAAAAGAAAUUACUUUUUAUUUUUCAGAGAGGUAGGAAGAUAAAAUGUGGAAAGUUUUAAUAAUAGGGUGCUCAUAACUGCAAUAUAGAAGAAAUAAUUUUCUUAUUCUUGUUGUACAUUUAUAUUAUAUGAAAAUGUAUAUUCAGUUUAGAAGUUACUACAUAGUAAUGGAGAAUAUUUUGUUGAUUACAAUUGCUCUGCUGUUCGUACUGAAAUGUAGAGGCUAGCACUGAGAAGUCCAUUAGUUAUACACUAUUUCCUGACACCAAGCAGUGGGCUACAUGCCUGUUUUUGUCUAUUAUGUCCUGGGCAAUUUGUAUCUGAGGUUUGCUUUGGACUAAAAACCAUGUAGCUUACAAACUCAUAAGCGUUUAAUUGCAAUGAUUGUUUAUUUUAAGCUUGAUAAAGAGUUUCUGAUAGAUUUUCUUAAUAUAACUAUUGAUUUCUGUCAUUAUCAUUAAUGAUAAAGACUGUUGAGAAGCCAAGCUUUGGCUGUUUUGUUCCAUGAGUUUAACGAUGUGAUGUGAAAGAUUAUGUUGAAUGAGAUCUGAAUGUUCAUUAAAAACCUGGUAGCCAUAUUAAGUUAUAGUUUUGGGCUCCUAUAUAUUUGAAAACUUAGUAAUCAAUUUUUAAAUUGUUUUGGUAAAAUUUGCAGUAAUUUUAGAUGUUCAGAGUCCUUCAGCUUUGAAAAUGGGUGUGUCACUUUCUCAGCUAAAAUGCGUAUUCCCUCAAAUUUAAAUGCAGACCUGAAAAAUAUCAUUUAUUGAUUUAUUUACCAUUCUGGUAUUUGGACACUAUUAAUAUGACUGCAUACCUUAACCUUGUUGGAGAUGUUCUAAAUUUCAUUUUCAUGUGUUUAGCAAAAUGAUCGCAACAUGUUGGCAGCUAAUAACCUAUGUUCAUCAAGCUGUCAGUUACAAAGUAGCACCUUUCUGCAGUUAUAGGAAUGCUUCAUUUGAAAAUAGCUUGAAAACCGUCUCAAAGACAUCCAUAUAAUUUGUGGAACACAUUUUGU